GUCUGAAAAAGAGAGAAAUAGAAAGGCUUUAGAAGGAAAUUCAAGAGGCUAUGGCCUGGACAACUAUAGAUAUAGCCCUAAAAGCUUUUUUCAUUCCUAUUAAUAUGCUCAUAUUUUUUAAAAAAGCAAAAUUAAUUUGUAGUAUAACAAUGCCCUACUUCUGCCACACUUCCAUUCAAUGCUUUUCAAACAGUAACUCAUCUCAGCUGGAGUAUAUGUCAUACACUAGAUUCAAAUUAAAUCAAAUCAAGAAAUCUGCUCAAGCAUUGCUUCAAAUUCAUUGAAUCACCUGAACCCUUGGCACGUUGCUGCCAGGAAACAAAUGUUUAAGUAUAUCCUUUGGGAACCUAAUCCAUUCAAAUCAAAGUUAUAGUAGGUGUUGAUAUCUGAGCAAAGUUCGCUCAUUAAAAUAAAAUGAUUGUCCAGUGGUGGCAUAUUAUAAGCUGACAAAUGCUUUUUAUACUCCUGUUCAGACAUUAGUAAAGUAUUUUGGGUUACAUUUCUUUAAAACAAACCCCUAAUGGAAUACUGAUAUAUUAGAUGUUAGAUAUAUAGAUUUUGAUACAAUAAAUAUUGUGAGGAAUCUCAGCACUUGUUGCCCAUUCCCAAUUGUCAACUAACUUUCUUAAAAGGAUGUUCGUAAACUGGAUGAUUUUUUUUUUGUUGACAAUUGGUUCAUGGACAGUAUUAUUGGAACUUACUUUCAAUUCCAGAUUUAUUAAUUGAAUAUAAACUCCAACAGCUGCUGAGGCUGUGGAAUUUAAAUACAUGGACCCAGAGUAUUAGCCCAAUCACAUUAUCACUACAUCAGCAUCUCCCACUCUGUGAUAAUAAUAGCUACUUAAGGUCAUCCUUUAAACUAGAAACAGAAAAGUAGCCAGAGGGGUUAAACAGAGUACUGUCAUUUGUUCCAUCUCUGAAUACACAUGCUUUACUGAUUACAAAUGGAAACCUGAUGAGGAAGUUUUAUAUUGCAAUUUGAUUAAACUCAGGGUUUGAGCUUGUUUUAAAACACACGGUUCUGAAACUUGCUGACUGUUCAGAAAUUCUCCGCAAACUUUUCUGAACGAAUAUAAAAGAAGAAUUGAAAUACACUGUUAAUAACGUUUCAUUCGAGGUGUUCCUUUGCUUGCAAAAUUACAAUAUCUUUGAGCACCUUUUCCAAGGACCUGUUGAAUGUAUACAUGCUGUUGAAAUGGGCACCAGAUUUGUUCACAUCCAAAUAGCUAUAGUCUCUACCGUACAUUGUGCAGGUGGCUAUGCUGACUAUGGUGGGAUACCAGUUUUCUACAAUGAUGAAGAAGGAGAGCCCACAGUGUUGUCACUCAGUGGAAGAAUCACUUUCAAGCACGUUAGAUAUUUUGCUGUUGAAGAUUGUCAUUGUCCUUUAGGAUGUCUGAUCCACUGGCCUGAUGAAAUGUAUUGUGAUAACAGAGUACUACUACAUGUGCCACUGAAGUUGCCAUUUAGAACGCAGUAUCUGUACCUCCAAGGCAAUUGCAUCAAGUACCUUCCUGAAGGGGUUUUCAAGAACAUGACUGCUCUAAAGUGGAUGAUCCUGGACAGAAACAAAAUUAGAAGUGAAAAUGUUGGAAAAGGCAUUUUCACUAAUUUUAAACAACUUGGAAAUCUGUACAUGAAUUAUAAUAAUUUGAUAGAGAUACCAGCACCAUUGCCUAGCAGCUUAAAACAGCUGAGACUUGCAUACACCAUAAUUACAAAGCUCUCCUGAAAGCAAUUUGAAAACCUGGAGAAUUUAGUGAUGUUGCUUCAUGGCAAUCGACUGACAACAAUCGAUGGAGGUGAUAUGGAAGGAUUGAGGUCUGUUAUUCAUCUAGAUUUGAGUUAUAAUCAGUUGUCUGUGUUUCCCAAGAAUCUUCCAAAUACAAUCCAAUGAUUUUACUGCACCAACAAUCUUGUCAAAACUCUUAUGGAAGAUUGUUUGACACAGUUUCAUCAACUCCUUUAUCUGCAUUUGAGCCAUAACAAGCUCACCAACGAUGGUCUGGCUCCAAAUAGUUUCAACAUCUCCAGGCUGAUUGAACUAGGCUUGUCUCAUAACAACUUCACCUCCAUUCCACAAGUCCAUGAAAAUCUUCAGUAUCUCUAUAUGGAAGCCAAUCAGAUCAGAGAACUCAAUGUAAGCAGUUUCAGUCACAAGGUAAACCCAGUGGAUUAUUCCCAAUUGAGGAUUCUCCGUUUGGAUGAAAACAAGUUAACCUACAGCCAAAUUCCCAGUGACUGUGUGAAUUGUUUAAGAGAAAUUACUGAAAUUAUUGUAUAACUUGAUUUCAGAAUACCACAAACUUCGCAGCAAAUGUAACUGUCUAUAUGUAACAUAGAAGAAGACCUGCUUAUUGUUGUAUUCCUAAUAUUUUGAAUGUAUAAAAGACCAGAUCCUUAGCAUCCCCAAAGACCCAUUAGUUAUGAUGAAAAGAAUGUCAGAUGCAGUCCCAAUUAAAACUAUGACCUGUUAGCAUACUUAGGCAACACAUUCCUUCCCAUGGCUCCUCGACAGGGAUGAAGGUUAGAUCAAAUAUAAAAGCAGAAGUUCCCAUGAGAAAUGACCUUUAUCUCUUUCAGGGCUAGCUGCAUAAUUGUGGCAUUUUCUGUACUUACUUAAGAGUCCCUGCAUUUGUUAGCAAUUUUGAGUUGGGUUUCAUGAUUCUAGCAGAAUUGUGUGGAUUUCAGGUGAUGGAUCUCACAACACUAACCCCUUUAGCUCUUCAAAAAUAAACUUGUAGCUUGAAAUGUGCAUGAACUUUGUCAGCUAGUCAGUUUGAAACAACUUUAUGGUGCAUGCCAACAAAGGAUUUUUCCCUCUUCCCUUAUGGGGCAUAGCUGUUUUUGACAGUGAGAGAACUGAAAUAAACAAUAAAUCUGUAGCAAAUCACUCAACACAUUGCGGUGCCUCUACUAAUAAGUGUCCACUUGCAAAUCAAUCAGUAGUCUCUUCUCAUGCAGUAAAAAUAAUUAUUCCUUUUGAAAUCUGAUUUUCUUGUGAUUCUGUCCUGAUUAGAUGAAAAUCUUCAAUGGCAUGUUUCUUGUACCAGUAAUACUCAAGUACUGUGUCAUAAAAUGAUUCAAACCCCAAAUGUUAGAUUGGACCAGAUUGGCUAGAUGGCUCUUUCUUGAGAGUAGGAUACUCUCACACUGGAUAAAUUACAUAUUAUCAGGCUACUUUCAUUUGCAGGUUUAUUUUGGCUCAUGGUUCAUUAUCACAAAUAAUAGAAUUGCAGGGCCUUGUUAACUCAUUUGGUGACCAUAUAAUUUAGAUUAGCACCAAGCAUUUGGAUUUGAUAUGAUUACGGCUCAGGUAGACUAGGGGUCAGCAUUCACACCCAGUCCCUGAGAGGGAAAGACAAAAGCAAACCAUCACAAACAAAGAAAAAGCCAAGUAAAAGAGCUCAAGCUGAAGCAUAAGUGGUCAAAGAGUUAAAGAACUGCCUUACCAAAACACAAAUUAAGGAAGAGUAUGAAUUCUAUCAAUGAAACACAUUCAACUGGUUGCAUCUGUGCCAGCUCUUUCAAAGAGCUAUUCAAGUGCAGCUAUUCAGCUCUCUUGCUGUAUCCAAUUCCAUUUUAGAAGUUACCAUUUAAUGUUUCCACCAUCUUUUGAUGUAAUGCUCCGAAGUCACCACAAACUGCAUAAAAUUGUUAAUAUAGAUGAAUUUAUCAAUCAUAUGAACAAGGAACAAGAAGAGGCCUGUUCAAAUCUCCUUGGGAUCUUAUAUGUUUCAAUUAAAUCACCCUCUGAUACUUCUGAAUGCCAGCAAAUAUAGGCCUAGCCUGACUAGCCUUUACUCAUAGGACAAUCCAUUAAUUCCAGAUAUUAAUCUAGUCAAUUUUGUCUGAACUGCUUCCAAUGCAUUAACAUCUGUCCUCUGUCAGUAAAUACAGUGAUCAGUCCAGUACACAGUACUCUAGAUGCAGUCUCAUCAAUACCCUGUAAUUAUUCUUACGAACUUAUACUCCACAACCACCUGAUGAAGGAGCAGUGUUCUGAAAGCUAGUGCUCCCAAAUAAACCUGUGGGAAUAUAACCUGAUGUUGUGUGAUUUUUAACUCUGUAUAAGUAAAGCAUGACCUCCUACCUUUACAUUCAAUUCCCAUCAUAAUAAAACAUGAUGCUCUAUUUGCUUUCCUGAUGACUUGCUGCAUCUGCAUACUAACUUUCUGUGAUUCAUGCACACCAUAUCUCUCUGCAUCGCAAAGCAAUUUAUGAUCCCUUUUUAGUUAUUUCAAUAACUUUUAAUACGUUUUAGUUGCACUUCAGCCCUACGUUCCUGGUCUUUGGGCACUCAAUACAGAAGGGUGUCUGCAGAUUGUAGGACCUCCUCUUGAGUCAGUUCCUGGGCCUGGCCAGGCUAGCUAUAAGCAGGUACAAACAGCAGGUUGUGGAUCAGGUCACAUCUACCAACUCUCUGCCCUUCUUCCAUGGUUAUGUUCAAGCCCGGGUAUCAUUGGAAAAUGAACAUGUGGUGCCCACCAAUGCUCUUGAUACCUUUAGAAGAGUUGGGCACCACGUUUUAUUUCUCCCUCCAAGUCCAUUUUAACUUAGUCACUUCUCAAUCUCCGUACAGCCCCCCACCUCACUUUUGAUGGCAUGCAUUGCCCAUAAUGGGUUUUGCCUGUAAUUAUUGGACUGGCUUCACAGGUGUUUUACUGGUGAUGGUCAGUAAGUUAAAAAAAACAAUGAAAAAAACAGAUGCAAGAACAGGUCUGUAGAGCUGUCUGUCCUGGACUGGGACUAGCUGAUGUACAUCAUGAGUACUGGCUCUGUUUUGCUGCGUAACAUAAAUGGUGUUCCUUUCCAGUCAGGCUUCUGAGUUAUUAUAUAUACUUCAUUACCAUAAUCCAAAUCAUUUACAUCAACUGGAAAGGGUUGAGGGUUCAACUUGACUCCUGUAGUAUACCAAUUGUGAUAGCCUCCAACCGAAGAAGACGCACUAUUUCCUCCUCUCUGCUUCCUGUUGGCAAGCCAGUCCUCUAUCCAUGCCAAUGUGUUACCCUGCUGCACUAUGAGCAUUUCUUUUUCACAAUGACUUUUGAUGUGGCAUCUUAGUAAAUGCUUUCAGGAAAGCUAAAGACAAUACAUCCACUGGUUCCCCUUUAUCUAUGGUAAAAGUUACUUCUUCAAAGCACUCCAAUAAGUUAGAUUUUCCUUUGACAAACUCAUGCUGGUUCUGCCUGAUUACUUUGAAAUCAACUGAGUUAGAUCAGAAACUCAAGAGAUCUUGCAGUAUCUGUGGAGAGAGAAACAGAAUUCACUUUUCACAUUUGAUUUGAUGCUUUUUCAGAACUGGAAUUCCAUAAAAGAGUCAAAUUGGGCUUGAAAUGUUGAUUCUAUUUCUGCCUUCAGACAUAAUGAAUUUCUUUAAAACUUCCCGUUUUAUUUCAGAUUUCCAAAAUUCACAGCCUUUUGCAAUUAGUUGAUUUGAAUCCUUUCCCUCUCCUCUGUAUUCAAUCAAAAUCCAAGGAUCACCCUGAGGUUGCUGAUAUCUAAUGAUAUGACAAUUUGAGAUGAUAAAAGCUUUAAUCCAUGUAAAUCUCAACAUAUAAUUCUCUUAUUGUUAAACAAGUUUGUCCCUUUAAAGUCAGUAAAUGUAAUUUCUGUAACUAAACAAAGCCUGAGGUUAGAAUGUAAUUGAAAUACUGAAUGUUGAAAUCCACAAGCCAUGGCCUGAAAUAUUUACUGUUUCUUUCUCCCGAUGUGUUGUCAGACGGGUUGGGUAAUUCCAGUAUAUUCUGAAAUUUAUUUUCAUUUCCCGGCUUCUGCUAAAUCUUAUUUUGAGAUUUUAAUUGUUGUUUCAUGAGGGAGGUCAUACCACUUGGAAGGAAUUUGUAAAACUUUGGUUUCAGGUUGAAUCAAAAACAAGGUAAAAUUAAUGAUUUUCUUUCAACAUUGAAACACUAAAGUGUGAUGCAUCUAAUGUGACUGACAUAUCCAGAGAGAUUAUUUGUGCUGCUAUGCUUCAACCCUUGAGUGAAUAUGUUGCUUGGAUUCUACAAGCAAAACAUUUAAUGUUAAGUCUUAUGAAUAACUGUUCCGUAUUGAGAUACCGUAAC